GGACUUUGUUACUGUUUGAAUAAGGUUUGGGGGAUAAAAGGAGAGGCCCCAUUACCGACUGAGAGAACACAUUCAUAAGAGCCUACUCGCCCCGCUUCAAGACAAUUCAACUCAGCCCCUCAACACGCAAAACACAAACACAACAACGCUCGACUCUCAUGUUUAGGACCUUGCAAAGAUCCAUCAAGGCCCCAGUCAAAAGCUUCAUGGAUCCAAGCCAAAUACAGAGAAUUUCUGGGAGGUAUCGCAUGCCACCGGAAUGGCAAAAGCACUCUCAAACGUUAACUGCAUGGCCAUCUCCCGCCUCUAUUGUAGACGAGAAGAUCCUUCGACAAGCACGCGCGGAAGUCUCGGCUCUAUCCAAUGCGGUUUCCCGCUUCGAGCCAGUCACGAUGUUUGCCCGCCCGGAAGACGUUUAUGAAGCGUCUGCAACGGUGUCUGAUAACGUUACCGUGCGACCACUGGCCCUAAAUGAGCUUUGGAUUCGCGAUACAGGACCGGUCUUUGUUCAUGGAACGCAAAAUGGUUGUUCUACUGGGCUCAAGCUGAAUUUCAAUUACUGGGGGGCGAAGAUACCAUCCUCUGGUGAUGAAGCGGUUGCUGCGAAUAUCGAGAUUCCAGAAGCUUCAGUCAUAGACCGUAAGGAUGAAAAGGAUGGAAGUGCGCCUCCGGGAAGUGUCAUACCUAUUAUUGACGGUGGUUUCACUAGUGAAGGAGGAGCGAUUGAGGUCGAUGGAGAUGGAACCCUUCUGGCGACUGAGAGCUCCAUCGUCAAUGAGAACCGUAAUCCCAGGAAAUCGAAGAAAGAGUUGGAAGAACUUUUCGAGAAAUACUUCGGAAUCCACAAAGUGAUCUGGCUUACUGGGGUCAAAGGCUACGAUAUCACCGACUUUCAUAUCGAUGCCUUUGCAAGAUUCAUCAAAGAGGGCCAGGUUCUUCUCAGCAGACCCUCUGAACGUGCUGAUCCGCUGGUGAUCCAAGCCUACAAAGAAGCUAAGGAAAUCUUGAGAAACGCGACAGAUCAUCGAGGAAGACGAUUUGAAGUCUUUGAAGUUGAAGAGCCUCAUCCCAGUGACCUCCCUGGUGAGAAUUGGGAUCAUUUCGAUGUGACCGUUGCUUCAUACGCCAACUACUACCUCCCCAACGGAGGCCUGAUCAUGCCGCGCUUCGGAGUCGGAAAGCUUGAUGAUGAUGCCUACGAAUUGUUUCGCCAGCAUUUUCCAGAUCGGGAGGUUGUUCAGGUUGAUCUGAACAUCCUUCCCAAACUCGGCGGAGGAAUUCAUUGUGCUACACAGCAGGUUCCAAUGGAGGGUUGGUUUGGAAGGGCCGUACGAAGGGGGGAAUUGAAGUUCUAACGCUGCGACUUAUGCACUUGGAGACAAUGAUAAUGUGUUAACGGCCACCCGAGGGCCAAUGUCGGAUAGUACUGACUUUUCUCGAAUUAAUACUCCACUCAAGUUCAUCACUUAAUUCUUUGCGAGAUAGGCAAGAAUGUUAUCGGAAUUCGUGACAGCAGAAUUGAAG